UAAAAUUCACUUUAUUCGUUAUAUUUUAAUUAUUUAUGCUCUAAAACAAUUGCCAUAAACCAUAAAAUGAUUUUGAAUAGACUAAUAACUGGAAAAUUAUAAAUUAUCAAAUUUAAACCAAUUUUUCUACACUAUUUUUACGAUUUUCACUCUAUGUUAUUGAGCCUAUAGAAGUGUCAAAGAGGAGUCAAACUGUCAACCCUGUCAACAAAAAUUGUGACACGUAUUUGUUUUCAGAAAAAAUAAUCACAUUAUUGUAAAUACGGUGAUUAAUUUAUGACUAUGCGAUUUAAUUUCAAUAAAUGGAUAUCGAGGCAAGAGUAAUAAAAAGAUUUAAUGAAAAAUUAGGUUCGGAUUUGAAAAAUCUUGAAAAUCUCCACAAAUUUCAUGAGGAAUUAGAAUCAGAGAAAAAUGUUCUUGAAGAAUCAUUAUCAUUGGCAUCGGCGAAAAUCCCAUUGUUGGUAGAAAAGUCAAUAGCUGAUGUAAAUGAUAUGACAAACAGAAUUUACGAAUUAAAAAGUUCCUGUCGACUCUUACAAAAGGAAAUUCAAGAAUCUUUAAAGAAAGAUGACAAAAUGCUCGAGUACGAAUCACUUCUCAACAAAAUUAAUGAACUCGAAAAAUCUCUAUUCUAUUUAAAUACCUUGCAAAGUGUUCAGGAAAUUAGUGGUCAAAUAGAAGUAUCAUUGUUUUUUGGAGUCGAUGAAGCAACUAUUGAACCCUAUGCUCUUCUGACACACAAAUUUCUUGAAUGGAAAUCGUCUCCUUGUAAACAACUUUCAAAUCACAUUCGAGAGAUUUUACAUUAUUGGCACAAUAACAUCAAAGAAAAAUUGUCCAAAGAAUACAGCGAGGUUUUGAAGGCAAUAAAAUGGCCUUUUUGUGGAACAAACUUAAGUGUUUCGAGCACUUCAUCAGCUGAGGCAAUGGCAAAAUUUAAAACUCUUACUGAAUAUUUGUUUCAUCUACAGUUACCAGAUGAUUCUGAAAAGCCGACAGUGACAUCAGCAUUGCUAACAGAUUUCGCACCAAUUUCUCUGCCAAUAGUUUUCUUAGUGCGACCACUAAGGCAAAGAUUUAUAUUUCACUUCACGGGGACGAAACAAACGAAUCGAAGGGAUAAACCCGAAUGGUUUUUUACUCAAGUUCUCACUUGGAUUAAAGGUCAUUCCGAUUGGGUGGCGAGAAACGUCCAACCGAUCGCUCGAUCCGCUGGUUAUGAUCACAUUAAUGUCAAAGAUGAAUUUAUGAGAGCUCUUGUACAAAUGGCCGUUGAAAAAUUACACUCGGAACUUCCGGUUGUUCAAUACGAUGAUUCUUCAUUUGCUCACACUGUUGAUGAAGCUCUUGGCUUUGAGAGAGAAUUGAGGGAAUCAUUCUUCUAUCCCGAAUCACAGCCGGCUACUUUAUCUGUUCUCACACAAGCGCAAAUUUUCGUCAAAUGGAUCAACAUGGAAAAGAAAUAUGCAACUGAGAAAAUGGAUGCAAUACUGAGUUCGCCUACAGCUUGGGAAAAAUUACCAGGACCCGAUGUUGAUAAUUUGAAAGUAACUGAAUGUGCAGAAGCUUUCUUGAAUCUUCUCACAACAAUUUCAGAUCGAUACAAUCAUCUUCCACAGCCGGGUCAUAGAGCUCAAUUUUUAGAAUUACAAUUGGAAUUAAUUGAUGAUUGGAGAGUGCGAUUAUUGCAAUUGUUGCACGAGGAUUAUGAGGAUCCACUGGCGUCACUCAUGCCACGAAUUUUAAAUUCCUUGCACUACGUGCAAACUGUUCUUUCCGAAUGGGGCGUUACUGUCCAUUUCUUAAAGCUUCAUUUCUACAAAAAGCAACUCGAGGCUGUGGAAAUAGCCACAGACAUUGGUGAAAAUAUUUUCGAAGAUGUUACGGAAGAGCACGGAACUGUAUUUGACGAUGCUAUUGCUCUUCUUCAGAGACUAGAAAAAAAAUUGGUCACUGAGAUUAGUGAUUCUGUGGCUCUGGAUGUUAAAGCAAAGAGCAGACCUUACAGAACUGAUAAAUGGUUCGCAAUGCAAUCGGAAAAGGAAAUUCUUUCCCUAUCCGUCACUCCAAGUGGUUGUUCAAUGUUUCAAGAAUUAGCACUUCGUCUUCACGCUCUCAAUGAAGCCUUAGCUUUGCCUUUGUUCAACCAGGCUUGGCGAAAUCUUGCAUCACAACUUGACUUGUACAUUUUCGAAGAAGUGGUUUUAGUCAAUAAAUUUAAUUCCGGAGGAGCUGUACAAUUACAAUACGAUAUUGUACGAAAUUUGUUUCCUCUAUUUGGUCUCUACACCAGCAAGCCAGAAUCAUAUUUUCCACGAAUGAGAGAAGGCUGCUCACUAUUAAAUAUGCUUCUCGGGUCAGCAUUAUUGCUCAUGGAUGCUUUAAAAAAUGGAACAGAAAACGAAACAAAAGAAAUACUUGCUGACGUUGGAGUUUUUAAAUUAUCUUCAGAUAUUGUAAUUUGUGUUUUAAAAUCAAGAAUGGAUAUAAAUGUGCGAUAAAUUUUGGUUCUUUGAAUUUUUGAACCAAAGGAGAAAAGGUUUUUGGUAAAUUUUAUACAUUCUUUUUUUGUUUAAUAAAUAGUUUUUAUUAAAAAAUA